AAGGUUAUGAGGUCACACUAAUUUCCAGAGCAAUCCAAAAAAAGGAAGCAGCGGAAAAAGAAAAAACCUGCAAUUUACGCUUAACGGAAAACCAAAGUUUAUAAACAGCAAAAUGGUGGACUACAGCAAGUGGAAAAACAUCGAGAUUUCGGACGACGAGGACGACACUCACCCGAACAUCGACACGCCUUCCCUGUUUCGCUGGCGACACCAGGCCCGCGUGGAGCGCAUGGCGGAGAUGGAUCAGGAGAAAGACGAGUUCAAAAAGAAACGCCAGAGCUUUCAAGCGCGCCUCAUAGAUGUUAAGGAGCGAAUCUCAAAGAAGGAGGGCGAUGAGGAGGCUCUAAAGAAAGAGCUAGAAAAGAUUGAGGCCGAAGGCAAGGAAUUAGAUCGCAUUGAGAGCGAGAUGAUUAAAAAGGAAAAGAAGACGCCGUGGAACGUGGACACUAUCAGUAAGCCCGGUUUCGAAAAGACCGUGAUCAACAAGAAAGCCGGCCGAAAACCGGACGAGAAUCUUUCAGAGGAAGAGCGCGAGCAGCGCAUGAAGCAGUUCGUCAAGGAGAACGAGAAGCUUUGCAAGCAGUAUGGCAUGUUGCGCAAGUACGACGAUUCCAAGCGAUUCCUGCAAGAGCACCCUCAGCUGGUGGGCGAGGAGACGGCCAACUACCUGGUGAUCUGGUCAAUCAACUUGGAGAUGGAGGAUAAGCAUGAACUAAUGGCUCACGUGGCGCAUCAGUGCAUUUGCAUGCAAUACAUCCUAGAACUAGCUAAACAGCUAGAUGUAGAUCCCCGUGCCUGUGUCAGCUCCUUUUUCUCCAAAAUCCAGCACUGUCAGCCAGAGUAUCGGGCCCAGUUCGAGAGCGAAAUCGCAGGUUUCAAGGGACGGAUCCAAAAGCGUGCACAGGAGAAGAUUCAGGAGGCGAUAAUACAGGCAGAAGAGGAGGAGCGCAAGGAGCGUCUCGGACCUGGUGGCUUGGACCCAGCCGAUGUAUUUGAAUCCCUCCCAGAUGAACUGAAGGCCUGUUUUGAGUCUCGCGAUGUGGAGCUCCUGCAAAAGACUAUCGCAGCCAUGCCCGUGGACGUGGCCAAGUUGCACAUGAAGCGAUGCGUAGACUCUGGUCUCUGGGUGCCCAACGCCGCUGAUUUGGAAGGUGACAAAAAGGAUGACGAUGAUGACUCAGAUGACGCCGCCGGCGGUAAGGAAAAGACCGACGACGACAAGUCGGAAAGCGCGGCCAAGGAGGAGCCAAUCUACACUGGCGUCAGCACAGAGGACGUUGACUGAUCGCCGCAUGUUUCCAUCUACACCAUAGCUCUAAUAUUAAUGUAAUGUCCACAUUCAUAUUUCAUCCAUAACCAGCUUCCCGCGUUUUUGUAUAUAAUUUGAAUAAAGUCCGAAAAAUUCUCA